AUGCUUGACGAUAGAGAGCUUAUAACAUGGAGGCAUUUCCUGUGGUCAUGCUUUUAUACACACUCCUCCCUUCAAGAAGAACAAGGUCAGACCACGACAAGGCAUGUUGCACGCGUAAUGCGAAAGGAUGACUUUUAUGCUUCUAUGCGCGACUUUGUUAGGGAUGUGCGCCGAAGGUUUCCCUCGUACUUCCCGAAAGAGAGCAAAAGUGAUGUAGAGUGGAUCCUGCACCAGUUUAGCAUCGGUGAUGUCCUACGCCAAGUGUGGACAACACUCGUAUCGAGACAAGAAGCACUUCUCGAAGAUGAACCAGGUGGUGAGGAUCCCGAAAGUAAAAAAUUGUGUAUAGGGCAGCAAAUGCGCAAUCAAGAGCUGCCACAAUACUCCAAUGGUAAUAAGCAAAAACCAAUGAAGAAUCUAACACCAAGUGUUGGAUGGGACGUCUUUAGUGUCGUUCUUCUUGCUCACAUAAAAAAAAUUUUAAGCUUAUCACAGGUCAAUCCUGUGAAGGGCACGAAUUGUGCAAGCAACAAUAGUAAAUCUACCUCACGUGUACGGUGCGACAUUGAUCCUCCAAAGGGGGUUCGCAAUUCUAACAGUUCGCCUGCAAAUUUAUCAAGGGUGACGGUUUCUAUGAGCCCGGUGACCGAUCCGGAUGUGUCGGAGGGUGACGAGCAGUCCAGUCCGGAAGUCACGUAUGGUCUCGAUCAAGAGCUAAAUCUCAUGUUGAGGACUGAGGAAAUCGACCUUGCCCGUGAAUGCCUCUCUGAUACCCUUGAAGAACAACACCCACACGUGAAAAGCAAGCCCACCCGCGACACCCCGCGUUCCUUGUGGUCCUCCGUUCUCAACGUUAAACUUCCUCCUGUCUCGAAAUUGACAGCUUUGCCACCUUCGGAAUCCUCUCAUUGCAGGACUAAGCAUCUCACCGUCGAUCCUUUGAGAGAUGUGAAGGGGUGUGUUGGGCAUGAAAACAAGCCAGAGCGAUUCAAAAGGGAGGCGAAUAAACCACCUCUGUCGGGGGCAUGGUUAAAUAAAAACAAAACUAAUACGUUAGUCAUGGACAACAACGCUAAUAGUGAUUCCCUGAAUACGUUAGUACCGGUGGUAAACGGGAGUAUUAUGGUCCCGAACAUGGUGGACGAUAAACCAGAAACGCGUCCUUCGCCCUCCUUCGUACGAAACGAAGGAUUUACGCGUCAGGAAAAGCAGAAAACUUAUGCGCAGGUUUUGGAUGGAAGUCGUGGGAUGCUUGUAGGGGCAAAGACGUAUUCGGUGAUGUCUGAAGUGAUGAACCCCAACGACUACUGCGAAGGACGCAGCUUUUCCCAGCUGCAACGAACCCCUGUUUCCUUUAACCCUCAACGAAUGCCCUCGGGACCUCAGAAACUAGAGCGAGGGUGGUCCUAUCCUUCCAUUGAGACCUACCAAAGAAAGAACCCCCCCACGAAGGUUGUUGAGGACCCCUCGGCGUUACCCGAUCGAACGAAAUCCAAAUUGCGUCGAUCGGUAUGCAUUACAGACCCCUCCGAGGUCGUCCCCACCUCAUCCAGUAGUGGUGGUAGCAUUCGUGCGCAUGAUCGGGAGCUUACCGAGAGCCGCUCCUCAGCCAUGUCGCACUCGCCGGGUGCGCGAAUAUCCCCCUCAAGUUUCGUGCUGAUCCCCUCGCGGAGGGUAGCUGGGAGGGGUAUUCAAGAGAGCUCUAUCCCCAUCCACGACCCGACGACGCCCCCUCUUGUGGGAGGUUCUGAUCAGCCCCCAAAGGUGGUGGUGCCGACUGCCACCGCCUGCCCAGUAAAUCCCCCCCCUACCGGUGAUCGUAUCGAGGGUAGUGUUAAUCACAAUGGGCCUGACAUGGGCGGCUCCCACGCACCGGAAAAAUCCCCCCAAAGGUUCCCCAAUGGCAGCAUUCAUAGAACUUUUAAAGAAGAAUUAACACCCGUCGCGUCGUGGUCGCAGUCCCCUCCCCCAACCGUCACGGCGGACCACGCCUACCAACGCUGUGCGUCUCAACCGUAUAGGAGUAGUUGCUCAUUCACACCCGUAGGAAGGACGUUGGGGAAGUGUAAGUGGGCGGAUUCACCGCAGAUAGAUCCGUGUAACUCAAAUGGAGUCCUUUAUUCAUCUGUCAACAUACCCCCAUGGCAGGAUCCGGCGUGUGCAAAAUCGCAAGAAAAUGCGUACCACGGAGUCAAUUUGAAUAAAAAUGAUCCUGAUAAUGAAUUUGCUAGGGCUAUUAUUAGCAGUCGUGAUGUAGAACAAGGUAUCAAAUUAAACAGUGUGCCAGAAGCAUGUGUGUCGAAAUCCUUCCCCGAAUCGGGGGCAUCAAGAGAAGGGAAAUGGAAGCCCCCAACACAUCUUUCCAAUCGCGCCCGGCAGCGCGUCGAUUUUCAUAGGUCAAACUCCUUCAGUUAUCCUCAGUGGGCCCGUCUCAAUCCUCCAUCUGUCCCCCGUACACGGUGUCGUAUUCGUGAUCCGUGA